CGCGCAUGCGAGCCGGCGCGCGCCAGCCGCGGUCGCCUUCCCUCCCCAAGAUGGCGGCGGCCACCGGCGGCGAGGCGAUCUGUGGCGACGGCCCGGCCAGCGGCACCGGCGACGUCGGCAAGAGGGUUCACCUGGGCAUCCCCGAGGCCGUUUUCGUCGAAGAUGUAGAUUCUUUCAUGAAACAGCCAGGAAAUGAAACAGCAGAUGUAGUGCUCAAGAAGCUGGAUGAACAGUACCAAAAAUAUAAAUUUAUGGAGCUUAAUCUUGCCCAGAAGAAAAGAAGAUUAAAAAGUCAAAUUCCUGAAAUUAAACAAACAUUAGAGAUCUUAAAACACAUGCAAAAGAAGAAGGAAUCUACAGACCUGAUGGAAACCAGAUUCUUAUUGGCAGAUAAUGUCUACUGUAAAGCAUCAGUUCCUCCUACAGAUAAAGUUUGUCUCUGGUUAGGGGCCAAUGUUAUGCUGGAAUAUGAUAUUGAUGAAGCCCAGGCACUGCUAGAAAAAAAUCUUAGCACAGCUACAAAAAACCUUGAAUCCCUAGAAGAAGAUUUGGAUUUCCUUAGAGAUCAAUUUACAACUACAGAAGUCAAUAUGGCCAGAGUUUAUAAUUGGGAUGUAAAGCGAAGAAACAAGGAUGACCCUGCUAAGAACAUGGCAUAGUUCUGCUAGUUUUAAAUACGGUUUUGUUUUUUCUUAUUUUUAAACUACCGUUCGGUUCAGCCUUUGAUGGACUGUGUUUAAUUUAAUCUUUUUGGUUGUUGACAUAAUGGCGAGCAUCUUUUGUUUUUUUAUUUUUAAAAAAGGGCAAAUCUUAUUUGGUCCCAUGCAUGCUUCAUGCGAUUGGCUUGUUGGAAAAGGAGGCACAACAGUAUGUAGUGAAGAAUCCCCUCAUCAAUCUGGGAUUUGAGUCAAGGGAAUUAGAAAGGGUCAUUUUGUAAGACACAGAUACUCUUUGAUGCUCAAGAUUUAUUAAAGAGGUCCACAGAAUAUAUCAUGGGGACAAAUGUGCAGCUGAUGUGACAGAGUGAAUACAUUGUUGUGUUUCUGGCAAAUGACCCCUUUAAUCUCACCCUCCAGACGUUUUCUGUUUAAUUUUGUUCCGUAGAAUGGCUCAUCUUGGUACUUCAAAAGAUCACAAUUAGCCUUUGAAGGGUUAAAUAAUAAAACACUGAAUUCUG